AUUGAAACUUAGUCGUGUAGUGCCGGUUCCAUUGAAAAGUUCAUUUAAAAUGCUGAAAUAUAGUACGAUCGCGUGCUUGCUAAUACUACUUUUCGGCGCGAAAACCCCAAGCAGUGAUGGAGCUAAUAUUUUGGGUAUUUUUGGUACUCACAGUCCUUCCCAUGUGAUUAUACAUAUGGCAAUGAUGAAAACAUUGGCGGAUCGGGGUCACAACAUCACGGUGGUGACCCAGAUGAAACCAAAAUUGCCCCCACAUGAAAAUAUCACAGUUAUCUUGGCACCACCAACUCCAGAGCGAGAACGAUAUAUAAAGGAAUUUAUGGCAGAGGUGUCUAAUGAGAAACCUUCUUUUUUUGAGACCAUCAUGAAAACCAUUAUCAACUCAGCAGAACAAUUUGAGGGACAGUAUGAAUUUACGGUUCAUCCUAAUUUAAAAGAGAUCUACGAAAACCCGCAGACCAAAUUCGAUUUGAUGUUUCUGGGUCCCAUGGGCAAUGACUACCAAUUAGGAAUCGCCGCCAAGCUGCACUGUCCAGUCAUAGCGACUUGGGUGGGCGUGCCCAUGCCUUUUAUGGAUAGUUUUGUUGGUAAUGUCAACGAUCCAUCCUACGUGCCCUCCAUGAAUGUAGCCCUUGAAGAGGACCAUAACACCAUGAAAUUUAGCCAAAGGUUCGGCAACUUUUUUAAGCAUUCUUUCCUGAUUACUGUUAACAAAUUAUUGGACAUCAAGAUGAACCAGUUUUACGUACGAUUAUUUGGAAAUGAGACUGAUCCGGACUUUCCUAACUACUACGAAAUGAAGCGUCGCAUUUCCCUGCUGUUCUAUAACUAUCAUUCUCCAAGCGAAGGACCUAUUAGACCAACAGUACCUCAAUCGAUUGAAAUUGGUGGAAUACAAGUGAAGGACCAGGCCAGCCCACUGCCAAAGGAGCUAGCCGAGUUCCUAGACAAUGCCGACGAGGGUGCAAUCUUUUUCAGCUUGGGAACCAAUGUGAAUACCAAUACCUUUCGACGUGACAUCAUAGAUGUCAUAUACAAAGUGCUUUCAAAACUUCCCCAGAGAGUUGUGUGGAAGUGGGAGGAUCUAAAGAACAAGCCAGGAAAUGCAUCCAACAUAUACUUCAACAACUGGCUUCCCCAGGAUGAUAUCCUGGCUCAUCCCAAGACAAAGCUCUUCAUAACCCACGCAGGCAAGGGUGGAGUUGCAGAGGCCCAAUAUCAUGGAGUUCCCAUGGUGGCAUUGCCCAUCUUUGGAGAUCAACAGGGAAAUGCUGAAAUGAUGAAAAAAUCUGGCUUUGGUCAAUGGUUAGACAUACUCACGCUGACGGAGGAAGAACUGGAGGAGAGUAUCCACGAAGUCUUGGAUAAUCCAAAGUACAGACAGGCUAUCGGGAAGUUCUCUAGCCUCUACAGGGAUCGUCCCUUAACAGCCCGUCAAUCGGUUAUCUACUGGACCGAGUAUGUUCUGCGUCACCAAGGAGCCUAUCACCUGCAGAGUCCCCUCAUUCACAUGGAUUUCGUGGCCCGCAACAAUCUCGAUGUCUAUGGAGUAGUUAUCACUGUCAGUCUAGUUCUUUUUAUUUUACUGAUAUACAUAUUUAAAUUUGCAUUUCGCAACAUUUUAAAAGUUGUGAGUGGUCAAAGCAAAUCGGUCCCCGACAAGCUUAAAAGCAAUUAAUCGUUCAACCAUCUUAUCAAUGCGUAUACGUAAUAUAAGUUGGCCUUGUGAAAUACAAAAUUGCAUGGAUUGCUACUCGCGAUGUUAGUGAUCAAGUGUUCUAAGUGUUUGUGGUUCUUAGGUUUACAUAUUAUUAAAUUAAAUAA